AUGGCGAGUAAGACGCUGGAAGCGCGUUUCAAACAUUUGUCUGUUCACGAUGAAAAUGACGGCCACAAUAACAUCAAUUCAUAUCACAAGUCCAAGCUUGCAACCACUGGCACGCGUCCCUCGGACAAAACCCGACCAACAGAAAGCUCCAACUCUACCUUUUAUAAACAAAAAGGCAUAACGGCCGACACUAUCGCUUCCCAGGAGGCUCAAGAAAGAUGUGGAAAUCCUCCCCGGCGAGCUCGCAAGCCCCUCUCUGUUAUUUCAACGCAGAAGCCCAAUGAAGUGGCCAAGGGGGAAGAACACCCCAUUACCGAUACCAAGCAACGAGAUCCACCUGUUAAUCAUGUUUUUUCCCAAAUGUCUCGAGUCAAAGACAUACAGGCGUCUCCCCGGGCUCGGCAUCCCUUGUCUGUUGUUAUGUCGCAGACAUCAGAUCCAGCGCCUGAGACAGCAAAACACCGUGUUCGUGACGACGAGCCACGAAGCACAGUCAAUAAUCAUGUCGCUUCCAAAGUGGGUCAAGAAACGGGCGAACGAACCGUUUCCACAGCUCGACGCAAUCCCUCUAUUGCUUUGUCGAAAACACCUAGUGCAGCCGUGAAGGGAGAAGAACACUCAGUUCAGCUUAUCAAACAGCCUGUCCCCAAGGAACUCCAUCUAGGCAUGUUCGAAGUUGGCCGACCGCUAGGAAAGGGAAAAUUUGGACGAGUCUAUCUUGCAAGAGAACGGGAGAGUGGCUUUGUUUGCGCGCUGAAGGUACUGCACAAAGACGAGAUCCGUCAAGGGAGAGUUGAAAAACAGGUGGCUCGGGAAAUCGAGAUUCAGAGCAAUUUACGCCAUCCUAAUGUCCUACGGCUAUACGGUCACUUCCAGGAUCGGAAACGAAUAAUUUUGAUACUUGAGUAUGCCGGAAAGGGGGAAUUGUUUAAGCAUUUGCAGAAAGAGGAUCGCUUCCCAGAGUGGAAGGCAGCUCACUACAUUGCACAAAUGGCUAGUGCUUUGAUAUAUUUACAUCGCAAACAUGUUAUUCACCGGGAUAUCAAGCCGGAGAAUAUCCUAGUUGGUCUUCACGGAGAGCUAAAGGUGUCUGAUUUUGGUUGGAGUGUGCAUGCACCGAGUGGUCGCAGGCUCACAAUGUGUGGAACGUUGGACUACUUACCUCCUGAGAUGGUGGACCCGAAGAGAUCUGCGAAGCCUUAUGAUGAGAAAGUGGAUCUAUGGGCCUUGGGGGUUUUGAUGUACGAGUUCUUGGUUGGUAGCGCCCCCUUUGAGGACACGCCUAUUAUGACACAGAGACGAAUCGCCAAGGGGGAUAUGACGAUUCCCUCUUUUGUCAGUCAUGAAGCUACAGAUCUUAUUAAGAGGCUCCUCGUCCUUGAUUCAGAUCAAAGGAUUUCCUUGGAGAGAGUCCGACAACACCCCUGGAUCAUCAAACAUUGUGAGAAGAUUACAAAACAAGAUAAAUCUUGA